GUUGGGUUGGAAAACAUUAUCUUGAUUCAUCCAAUUGCUUUCUGGUUUGUCGUUCUUUGUGCCUUCUGUGGGACUCUUUGUAAUGGCAAUGUGUUUCCUUUCAUUAUAAAAUGGAUUCUCAAUUUGAUUAAAGAAAAGAAACAGAGCAUGUGAGUCACAGAGAAAAAUGAAGAAAGUAGAGCUGAUAUUCGUUCCAACACCAGGAGCCGGCCACUUGGCCCCAACUGUUGAAUUCGUAAAGCGUCUCAUCCAUCACGAUGAUCGAAUUUUGGUUACUAUUCUUUCCAUUGAGUGGCAUUCUUCGGGUUUCGCCGAUGCCUACACCGAAUCGCUUGCUACUUUGCAACCUGAUCGAAUCCAGGUAAUUCAGGUUUCUCGGGUAGAUCCUCCCCCGUUACAUCUUUGGACCUUGGCACCCGAAGCUUUUAUCUAUGCAUUAAUUCAGAGCUACAUCCCUCAUGUUAGAAAUGCUGUCACAAAUAUUUUGUCUAUGAAAUCCACUUCGGAUUCAACCCGAGUUGCAGGCUUAGUUCUUGAUCUGUUUUGUUCGCCCAUGGUUGAUGUCGCAACUGAACUUGGUCUUUCUUCUUAUAUAUACUUAACCUCAAAUGCAUCCUUCUUCGGUCUCGUGCUGUACCUACAAGCGCUACAUAGACAGAUCAGCUCGGAAUUUGAGUACCCGAACCCCGAUAAUCCAAACAAGGAUCUUGGACAUUUGAUCCCAGGAUUUGCAAAUCCUGUCCCUUCAUGUGUUCUGCCUUCAUUCAUGUUCAACAAGCAUGGAAGUUAUACCGCAUUUGUUAAGAUUGCUGAAAGGUUCAAGGACGCCAAAGGUAUAGUGAUAAAUACAUUUGAAGAGCUUGAGACUUAUGCUCUUAGUUGUUUUGUCAAUGGCCAAAACCCUCCAAUUUAUCCAGUUGGACCAGUGAUUCACCUCGAUAGUUUGCCUCACCCUGAAUUGGACCAGCUCCAACGCGACAGGAUCAUGAAAUGGCUUGAUAAUCAGCCUGAAUCAUCAGUGGUUUUUCUUUGCUUCGGAAGCCAUGGAUGCCAUGGACCACCCCAAGUGAAAGAAAUAGCACUUGGGUUAGAGCAGAGUGGGCAGAGGUUCUUAUGGUCCUUGCAUAUGCCAGAAACACCACUAAAUGACGCUGCAGGAGCAGUUCAUUACAAGAACCCUGAGGAAAUGUUACCAGAAGGGUUCCUAGAAAGGAUCCAGGAGAGGGGGAUGAUAUGCAGGUGGGCGCCACAAGUGGACGUUCUCGGCCACAAAGCAGUAGGAGGGUUUGUAUCUCAUUGCGGUUGGAACUCGAUCCUGGAAAGCUUGUGGCAUGGCGUGCCGAUUGUAACAUGGCCUAUAUAUGCGGAGCAACAGCUAAAUGCAUAUAUGAUGAAGGAGGUGGGAUUAGCAGUAGAGUUGAGGUUGGAUUAUAGGGGAGGGACAAGUGAUAUUGUGAAGGCAGAGGAGAUAGAGGAAGGAGUACGACAGGUUAUGGAUGCAGGCAGUAAGGUUAGGAAGAAAGUGAAGGAAAUGGCAGAGAUGGCUAGGAAGGCCGUUAUGAAUGGUGGAUCUUCAUUUAAUUCAAUUGGACGAUUCAUAGAGGAUAUGCUAGCCAACACCUGAUAUAUCUACCUCUAUAUGUAUAUCAGUGUACUCAGUUUAUAUUGAAAAUAAGCCCUGGGUUGCGUCCUUAUCUUCUUAGCCCUUGUUCAAGGAAAUUAUUUACAUUAUCCUAAUUUUAAAUUGCUUUUAAUUA